CAGACGGAGCUGUGCCGCAGCUGGAAGGAGUCAGGCUCAUGCCGCUACGGAUCCAAGUGCCAGUUUGCGCACGGGGAGAAGGAGCUGAAGCCUGUGCAGCGCCAUCCCAAGUACAAGACCGAGCCCUGCCGCCAAUUUGCAACGACUGGCGCCUGCCCCUACGGCUCCCGCUGCCGCUUCAUCCAC